AUGAAUAUCUUCAGGCUAUUAGCCGACUUCUCCCAUCUGGCAUCGAUCUUCAUGCUUCUGCAGAAGAUGAAGACUUCGAGCAGUUGUUCCGGAUUAUCAUUCAAGUCGCAGGUGCUAUAUCUUCUCGUCUUUGUCACUCGAUACCUUGAUCUCUUCUGGACAUUCACCGAGUCCUUGUACCUCACCACCUUCAAGCUUCUGUUUAUCGGUUCCUCGGCCUACGUCAUUUACCUCAUGCUCAAUGACUACAAACCCACGCAUGAUCCCAACAUCGACACUUUCAAGGUCCAAUACCUCCUAGGAAUCAGCGCCGUGCUUGCUAUUCUUUUCCCACAUGAUUAUCGCAUCUCCGAGAUUCUCUGGACCUUUUCUAUCUGGUUGGAGUCGGUUGCCAUUUUACCACAAUUGUUCAUGUUGCAACGAACCGGAGAGGCAGACACUAUCACUACCCACUAUUUGUUUGCCCUGGGUCUCUACAGGGGUCUCUAUAUCCCAAACUGGAUCUUCCGCUACUUUACCGAAGCCUCCUUCCAGCGAUCCUUCCAACCGGUGCCUAUUCUCGCCGGCAUCAUUCAAACAUUGCUCUAUUCUGAUUUCUUCUACAUCUACUACAACAGGGUUAUGAAGGGCAAGAAGUUCUCGCUUCCAGUCUAG